ACCCCCCCCAACGGUGAUUUCAGGGGUUUCUCAGCACUCAAAACCCCCAAAUUUCGGCGUUAAGCUUUUGCUGGCUGCCAAAGCACGGCACCUGCUUUUUGACUUUGCGGACGCUGCGACGCAGGGGUGCAUACAGAGCACGCGACGACACACCAACACGCUACGCUACGGCUUCAACACGCGCCUCCGAUGCCCUGUGUUUUUGCUUUAAGCACAUUUUUUCUUUCAGACUAUAGCUAUUUUGAACGGCGUUUCACAUUUGUCUGGUGUAAAUUCUAAUGAAUAUUGGCCUUCCGCAAACCGUGGACCAGGGCCAGCAUGGAUGACACGGAGCCCAAGAAGGGUAAGGGCUUUUGGGGUGCCAUUCUGCGCUCACAAAGCCUGUCUAUUAGGCCCAAGAAUACAGAAACGCGCCCAGACCGCCGCCUCAGCGAUGGCGAUGUCUUGUCUCGAAGGAGGAGGCCAGUGCAUCCCGUGCAGCAGAGCGCGGCCAGAGGACCACCCAAGAAGACGGUUCGUGUCAGAGAUACACCGGAGCUGCGGUCCGUAUCCCCUCCAACGCCUCUCACAGAAUGGCCCCCUCACGGCUUCACCAUGGACGAGGAGCUGUUGCAGGACGCUGCCGUCGGGCUCAUUGCGUACGGAGCGCCGUCGUUUCGCGGGCGCAAGCGGCCUAUCCCACACGCCCCGGAAGAUUUCUAUGCGCUGUAUGCUACUCCAAGUAAUGGCAGCAAUAGGGAAUCCGACAGGGCCAACUUGAAUGACUUGAUGGCACAGCUUAUGACGUUUCGUAUGCAGGGACCGGGGCAGGCCAAGGCGCCGUGGGAAACACUGGAGCAGCCGAGUUGCAGCUUCAUGUUUGGGCAAAGACGUGGUACUGUCACACUGAAUCACUGGACAUCAUUAGGAGGCAAGACGCCUGAGUCCAUCAUGCUGCGAGAUUCGGGCGUCCUGCCGAGGCCGAUGGACCUGUUCCAAGUGCUGGAAAGGCUGAGGGAACUGCAGGCCGGGCUGGAGGAUGACGAUGAGGCGUUGUUGUACAAGAUCCUUUACAGGCGUAUUUUGAAGGACCCAGAGAGGAUUAUGAAUCCUCACAAGACGCUAGAUAAGCAGAUCACGGAUCUGAUUCUUGUCUUGUCCCGUGCAGACUGGACGGACUACACGGACCCGAAAAAUCACAUUGCGACUCGCCAUUUGUUCAGCCCUGACCCUGAGGACUUGUCGAGCUAUCACAAGUUUUUGCACCAACUCCUCUUAAGCUUGGAGCUAGAGCUUCGGAUUCACUCAACACAGCACACUGAUUGGGCUAAAGAAAAGCUUCUGUCCCAAAUCCCACCGAAGAUACGAUGGAGUCUUGCGCUGGCAAGGCGAUGGAAAGAAUACGUCCGAAUAGAUGGCUUUGGCUCAGAGCUAUCUCAAAUCAAACUCCGCUAUAAGCUGAAGAAGCGGCAGGUCAAGAUGCUAAAGACCUUUGCAAAGGCUAUGAAAUGGCCCAAUCUUGACCAAACACUGGAGAGCCUGGCACAUUACGACGACGAAUUUCUCCUGGAUCAGAUUAGUUCGGAUGCAUAUGCUUUUUUCAGCGGGUUAGUUCUGCCUGGCCCCAGCUUUCCUUUUCUUAUAAUGAAUACCCUCAUCGACAUUGACCCUGACGAUGCCACCAACAGCCUGGCUAUGCUGUCGCACAUGCAUCCGAAUUGCGGGUUUCAGUACCGUAAUAGCUACACAUACUGGCCGGCAGUUUGUAUUGUUGGCAAAGUGCUGGCACCGACGUGCAAUUUCCUUGCUGGCUGGGUUGGCCCGGCACGUCCUACCAACGACCUGGGUCGAUCUCAGAUUGCAAGGAUUCGCACCCGUAACCCGCGCCAAACUAUCACCCGCAGCGACGUCGAGAGCAUGGCGGAGCGUUCAGAGGCCCUGGGUCCGGCUGCAGAGGUAUAUCCGGUCCGCGAGUACGUACUAGUGUCGCCAGACGGUGACAGGUUGUUGGAUACAGCUAGAAUUGAGCUUCUUAGUCUGCGAGCCGUACCACCGUCUCGAGGGGCAGAGGUCCAAAAUCCAGGCCUCUUUGAUGCCACUAUCCAGUUUGCCAUUGACGGCGUGUCGUGGCCACUCAAUCUCUCAUACGAUGUCAACUUUGUUUCUGCUUGGCCGUGUUCAGAUGGGCCACACCCGUUAUUCUUUGACUACUUGUACAAGUCGGUGCCGAUAGACGACCUUGUACAUGUACAGGACUGGGGCGGUUACUUCAGGAAGCCAACGCUCCCAGCAAGCGCUCGGUCAACACCCGUGCCCGGUGGACUAUACAAUCCCGCCAAUUCUGCGCAAAGUGAGGGAAAGCCAGAUGAGAACCAGGACGAAGAGGUCCUGGUGAUUGAGGCCAUGGGGGUCAAGGAUAAUGAGGUUUUGGCACGAGCCUGGUGCGCGCACUGGGGGUUAAAUGCCGUAGUUGCGGAAAUCAACACCACAUGCAUGGCUUGCGCCGUUCGAGAAUGUUAUGCAGCAACACUGACGGUGUUGAUAUUGGUGGAGGAUCGAGAAAUAGACACUGGCGAAUUAUAUACCUAGGACGGAGUGCGUUAUACGAUUUGAUACGGGAUAUGAUAACGACGGCGCGGAUUUUAUUGGCGAUUGGGGUGAAGUAAUGGUAAUAAUGAUUGGUUUUCGGCAUUCGCCGUUUGGGGCAAUAUCUGGCGUAUGGGGAGCGGGCGGGGAGUUCGGCGAAAUGGCCGAGCGAGACCGACGAGAGGGCUUGGCUGCGCUGCACAGCGAUAUGGCGUGGUUUUGAAGUAUUUUUACAAUUUAAAGCAUAUAAUACUAUGGUGUUUUCUGGUGAUU